AUGGAUUCAUGGGUAAUCAAAACAACCAAAAACUCGUCGCAAAAUACUACCGAAUAUAAUAAAAUGUCCGAAAGUGGUAGAUCUUUUAGAAGUCAAUGGUUCAAAUUAUUUGAUUGGCUUGAAUAUUGUCCAGAAAAAAAUGUUGCAUUUUGCUAUCCAUGCAGAAUUUUUGGUAAUAAUGAGACUAAAGAAAUUGCAUUUUCUGUGACAGGAUAUUCUAACUGGAAAAAAGCUUUGGCAAAUAAUAAAGGGUUUUAUAAACAUCAAUCUUCUUCAUCGCACCGUAUUUGUAUAACAAAAUUGGUAGAUAAACAAAAACGUGUUGAAACGACUACAGAAAUUUCAACAUUGUUGAAUGAAAACGUUCUCGAAAAACAUAGAUAUUAUGUAAAAUCAAUUUUUGAAAUAAUCAUAUUUUUAGUCGUGAAUGAAUUACCACUUCGUGGGGAUUUUGAUUUAGAAAUGCACGAAGAUAAAGGUUUAUUUCAAUCACUUUUUCGGUACACUCUUAAAAAAGACACUAAACUUGCAGAAUGCGCUAAAUUAAUUCCUCAAAAUGCUACUUAUUUAUCCCCUUUCAUUCAAAAUGAAACUAUCAAUAUUAUGCAUAACGCUGUGCAAAAUAGUGUUGUAGAAGAUUUAAAAAAUGCAGAUGUCCCAUGGUAUACUAUAAUGGAGGAUGGAACUAAAGACAAUAAUAAUCGGGAAAAUAUUGCCAUAGCCAUACGAUACGUAAAAAAUGGAAAACCAAUUGAAUCUUUAUUAGCAAUUAAAAAUGCAACAAAUUUAAAUGCAGCUUAUUUUGUGCAAAUGACACUUGAUCUUUUAAAGUCAUUAAAUAUUAAUACUGAUUAUAUGCUCAGCCAAUGUUACGAUGGCGCUAGCGUGAUGAGUGGUACUAAAGGUGGUGUUCAGGCUUUAAUGCAAAAAAAGCUUAAUCGAACUAUUCCCUAUGUACAUUGUUAUAAUCAUCAAUUGCAUUUGGUUAUUGUCAAAGCAGUGUCGGAAGUGACCGAAAUUGGUCACUUUUUUGAUCAGUGUACUGCCCUCCUACUGGGAAAAGCAGUAACUACAAAAAUCAUUUUUUUGGGAAAUUGA